UGAAGAAGCCGAGGAUUUCCGGGUCUCAGCGGGGAACAUGGACAGCGAGGGGAAGCUCAUCAACAAAGGCGAGGAAGAGGAGAUGGAGAUCUACGGCUACGACCUUUGCCGCUGGAAGCUGGCCUUAGUCGCUGGGGGGGCGCUCUGCACAGGGGGGCUCCUCCUCCUCCUCCUCUACUGGAUGCCCGAGUGGCGGGUGAAGGCGACCUGCAGCAGGGCCCCCCUCCCGGGCUGCCAGGUGGUGCUCCUGAGGACCACGGACGAAUUCCACACCUGGUUUUGCGCCAAGGUCCGCAUUGUGCUUUCCCUGGGAUGCCGUCCGCUGCAGACGCCAGCCUCUGUGGCCGAGGCGGUGGCCAACGGCGUCACUGACCGUCUGUGUCCAGAGGCCUCUGAUGAAGAGGACGGACGGAACCGAGGCUCCCGGGGUCACCUGCAGGAGAUCCGGCAUUUCACCCACCACAGCGUGAAGUACUUCUGGGACAAGGAGGCCCAGAACUUCGGCUCCAUAAAGGGCCUGGACGAGUCCGUUCCCUGCGCCUCCGUCCAUCGCGAGCACAGCGCAGGACUCACCAAGGGGAUCCGCGACUACAGGAGAUUAUUCUACGGAGUCAAUGAGAUUGCUGUGAAAGUGCCUUCUGUUUUUAAACUCUUGAUUAAGGAGGUCCUCAACCCGUUCUACGUUUUCCAGCUGUUCAGUGUGAUCCUGUGGAGCACAGACGAAUACUACUACUAUGCACUGGCCAUCGUGGUCAUGUCCCUGGUGUCCGUGGCCAGCUCCCUGUACACCAUCCGCAAGCAAUACACGAUGCUCCACGACAUGGUGGCAGCGCACAGCCUCAUGAGGGUGUCGGUCAGCACAGUGGACCAAGGCAUCGAGGAGAUCCUGUCUGUGGACCUGGUGCCCGGGGACGUCCUCGUGAUCCCCUCCAACGGGAUGGUCAUGCCCUGCGACGCGGUGCUGGUCAGCGGCACCUGCAUCGUCAACGAGAGCAUGCUGACAGGGGAGAGCGUCCCCGUCACCAAGACCAACCUGCCGAGCCCCUCCGAGGACCCCAGCGCCCUGGAGGCGGAAGCGUACAGCCCGGAGGCGCACAAGAGGCACACCCUGUUUUGUGGCACCACCGUCAUCCAGACCCGCUUCUACACGGCCGAGCUGGUCAAGGCCGUGGUUGUUCGAACGGGCUUCAGCACCUCCAAAGGGCAGCUGGUCCGUUCUAUCCUGUACCCGAAGCCGACAGAUUUUAAGCUCUACAGGGACGCCUACCUGUUCUUGCUCUUUCUCGUUGGGGUGGCUGGUGUUGGGUUUCUGUACACCGUCGUCAACAGCAUCCUCCAUCAGGUUCCUGCCAAAAUCAUCAUCAUCGAGUCCCUCGACAUCAUCACCAUCACCGUGCCCCCCGCGCUGCCCGCGGCCAUGACGGCCGGGAUCGUGUACGCGCAGAGGCGGCUGAAGAAGGUCGGGAUCUUCUGCAUCAGCCCCCAGAGAAUCAACAUCUGUGGCCAGCUGAAUCUCGUCUGCUUCGACAAGACUGGCACUCUUACGGAAGACGGCCUCGACCUUUGGGGGAUCCAGCGAGUGGAAAACGCUCGCUUCCUUUUGCCAGAAGGAAACGCCUGCAGCAGGCCGCUGGUCAAGUCUCCCUUCAUCGCCUGCAUGGCAGCUUGUCACUCCCUCACCAAGAUCGAAGGCGUGAUCUCGGGGGACCCGCUGGAUCUGAAGAUGUUCGAAGCCACUGGCUGGAUUCUUGAAGAGGCAACGGAGGAGGAGACGGCCCUCCACAACCGCAUUAUGCCCACUGUGGUCCGGCCGCCGAAACAGCUGCUUCCGGAGCCCCCUCCGGCAGCCAACGAAGACCUGGAGCUGUUUGAGCUUCCGGCCACCUACGAGAUCGGGAUCGUGCGGCAGUUCCCGUUUUCGUCUGCCUUGCAGCGGAUGUGCGUGGUGGCCAGAGCCCUCGGGCAGAAGAAGAUGGACGCCUACGUGAAGGGGGCCCCCGAGGUGGUGGCCGGCUUGUGCAAGCCGGAGACAGUGCCGGUGGACUUUGAGCGGGUGUUGGAGGAGUACACCAAGCAGGGGCUGCGGGUCAUUGCUGUCGCCCACCGGAGGCUGGAGUCUCGGCUGACUUGGCACCGGGUGCAGAAUGUGGGGCGGGAAGCCAUUGAGGCCAAUAUGGGUUUCUUGGGCUUAAUUAUAAUGCAGAAUAAACUCAAGCGUGAAACGCCGGCCGUGCUCGAGGACUUGCACAGAGCCAACAUCCGCACCGUCAUGGUGACAGGGGACAACCUGCUGACCGCCGUCUCUGUGGCUAGGGACUGCGGGAUGAUCCAGCCGCCGGACAAGGUGAUCGUGGCAGAAGCCCUGGCCCCGAAGGAUGGGCAGCCGGCCAGGAUCAACUGGCACUACGCGGACAUGCUCAGCAAGAGCCCCGAUCCCUCGCCAGCCAUUCACCCGGAGGAGAUCCCUAUCAAGCUGGCCCCGGAAGACCUCGAGGACCUCCCCGCGACCAAGUACCAUUUUGCGAUGAACGGGAAGUCCUUCGCCGUCAUCCAGGAGCACUUCCCGGACCUGAUCCCAAAGCUCGUCCUGCACGGCACGGUGUUCGCCCGCAUGGCCCCGGAUCAGAAGACCCAGCUGGUGGAAGCCCUGCAGAGCGUGGACUACUACGUGGGCAUGUGUGGUGAUGGGGCCAAUGACUGCGGGGCGCUGAAGAGGGCACACGGUGGCAUUUCCUUGUCUGAGCUGGAGGCUUCCGUGGCGUCGCCGUUCACCUCCAGGACGUCCAGCAUCUCCUGCGUGCCAAAUCUGAUCAGGGAAGGCCGCGCAGCUUUGAUCACCUCCUUCUGUGUGUUCAAGUUCAUGGCUUUGUACAGCAUUAUCCAGUACGUGUCCGUGACCUUGCUGUACUCGAUGCUGAGCAACCUGGGAGAUCUCCAGUUUCUCUUCAUCGAUCUGGCCAUCAUCCUGGUGGUGGUCUUCACCAUGAGCCUGAAUCCGGCUUGGAAGGAGCUCGUGGCGCAGAGGCCCCCCGCGGGCCUCAUCUCCGGGCCCCUCCUGGGCUCCGUCCUCAGCCAGAUCCUCAUCUGCCUCGGCUUCCAGACCCUGGGCUUCCUCUGGGUCAGGCAGCAGCCCUGGUACGAGCCGUGGACCCCGCACUCCGAUGCUUGUGGCUCGCCCAGGGGCCCCGGAGACGCCAACGCCUCUGCCCACGGGAACGGGACUCUGCACGACGAGCACAACAUCCGGAACUACGAGAACACCACCCUCUUCUUCAUCUCCAGCUUCCAGUACCUCACCGUCGCUGUCGCCUUCUCCAAGGGGAAGCCUUUCCGGCAGCCCUGCCACAAAAACUAUCCCUUUGUCCUGUCGGUGCUGGUUCUGUACGCCGUCAUCCUCUUCAUCAUGCUGCAUCCAGUUGGGGCCAUCGACUGGGCCCUUGAGCUGGUUUGCGUGCCCUUCCAGUGGCGGGUGGCGGUCCUCGCCAUUGUGCUCCUCAACGGGGUGGUGUCCAUCCUGGUGGAGAAUGUCCUCCUUGACACGGUCCUCUGGAAAGUUCUCUUCCGCCGGGACAAGCGAGGGGAUUUCCGCCUGCCCUCCUCCUCCUCCUCCUCCCGCCCACCGCCACAGGACGCGCUGGACCGUGGGCAGAGGUGCCGCCCGCCUGCCCUGCCCUGCUUCCGGAAGGAGCCCCCCAAGGCCAAGUACGUGCACCUGGCCCAGGAGCUGCUGGUGGAUCCCGACUGGCCGCCCAAGCCCAGCACCACCACCGAGGCCAAAGGCCCGGCCCACGAGAACGGCUCCUGCCCCAUCGUCACCAUCACGUAGCAGCGGGUGGCCGCCCCCGCCGCCUUCCGGGACGCCGCGGCCUGCUUGGACUCUCUGCCGCUCUCCUGGGUGGGGGGGGGGAAGGCGCCUU